GUCCAGUGGACCUCCAGAAGUAGACGCGAAAAUGACUGUCUCGUAUGUUCAAGGUUACUUCAACUCUUCUCUACCGUCUCGGCAGGAGGAUUACAAGAAGCGUUGCAAAGACCGGCGGUCUCCCAAAGCUAUUUGUCCAAUUCCUGACCAGAAGGGACCGCCGAAGGUUGGGACUGUACACUUCUUUUCGCAGCAGCCUGGUUUUGACCAAACGCCCAACCAAACGGUUUAUGCUACAGAGCUGCCUAAGUCCCUUGGGAACAGCAUUACUGCGGGCAGGGAUCGCCGGGUGCUGGUCUAUUCGGUCAUGUUGGCGAGCGCUAUGAGUUUGGUUUUAUAGAGAUUAGAAGCAAUUAGAGUAAUAACCAUGAAUUGUUUCUUCUUAUCCCACAUUUUCCCCCCUAUUCUUUUUUCUAUUUCUACGAUGUGGUGUUCGCGCUUUCUCUGCAGCAUAUUUCCUUUCUUUUCUUUUCAAUUUACCUUCAUUUCUUCUGCUGAGGCUUCUCGACCACAACUUGAGUUUUCCCCCCCUCCUCCCCUUUUUUCUCCUUAUCACUGCUUGGCACAUACCCCCCCCGUUCUAUUGUGAGAUUUUUUUUUAUUUGCGAAUAAUCCGUGCGUUGGUCACGGUAGGGAUAUGCGAGAUGAACAAAUACCGGUAAUGGUAUUUUAACCAUGCCUAGAGCAUUUCUGGGGUUGUGGAAGGAACCGUUGAGAUUGGUGACAACUUAAUGCGGGGGAUUUCAUAUGAUUGGAUGCUCAAGAAUAAUACACAAUACGGGGGCACCAAUCAUUCGAAGAA